CUAGUGGCGCCCGCUCACGGUGUUUGAGUGAGGGCAUAGCUGGUUAUGCCACGUGUCACGACGUCGUUCCCUCCAUUUGAACAAGUGGAGAGGACGAUGAGACAGAGAGAGAGAGAGAGAGAGAGAGAGAGAGUGGUGGAGAGAGAAAUAGGGCCACUUCCUAUACAUGGCUCAACACCCCCAUUCAUGCAUUUUGCCGAGUGUGAAGCUCUUCUCGUGUGCGUCGCAGGCAUAAGGCCUUAUUUCUCUCUCUCCCACCUACCUUUCUCUCUCUAAAAUAUUUCCCUUCUCUCUCUCUCUCUACCUCUACAUUUCCUGAUCUCUUUCCAGAGCUUUGCUCCUUAUUCCUGCUAUUUCCUUCUCUCUUGAUUUUCUCCCCUCUUUCUCUCUCUAAAUAUUUCUCUCUUUCUAGAUUCCGUGAUUAUUUGUGCAUUUAGGGAGAUAUGGCUUUGAAGCUUUCGCUUCCUUCACAAUCCUCUUUCCCAAGUCUAGGGCUUCAGCGCUCAAGGCCUGGAUCUGCUCGUUUCUUCAUGACCGCCACUCUUCCACCAAAAUCCAAGGAGAUUGACAGUCUUAGGAAGCACCUCAGCCCUCGAGAAGUGCAUGUUCAAGUGACCCAUUCGAUGCCUCCAGAAAAAAUUGAGAUCUUUAAAUCCUUGGAGGAUUGGGCAGAGCACCAUAUCUUGGUCCACCUGAAAGCUGUAGAGAAGUCAUGGCAGCCUCAGGAUUUCUUGCCUGACCCUUCUUCCGAGGGUUUUCUCGAUGAAGUGAGGGAACUAAGGAAGCGGGCUGAGGAAAUCCCAGAUGAUUACUUUGUUUGUUUGGUUGGAGAUAUGAUCACUGAGGAAGCUUUGCCCACCUAUCAGACAAUGCUCAAUACCCUUGAUGGUGUUCGUGAUGAAACUGGGGCAAGUCCAACUUCUUGGGCAGUUUGGACCAGGGCCUGGACUGCUGAGGAAAACAGGCAUGGUGACCUUCUAAACAAGUACCUCUACUUGAGUGGGAGAGUGGAUAUGAGGCAGAUCGAAAAGACGAUUCAGUAUCUUAUUGGAUCAGGAAUGGAUCCACGCACAGAGAACAGCCCCUACCUUGGCUUUAUUUACACAUCUUUCCAGGAGAGGGCGACCUUCGUAUCGCAUGGUAACACUGCAAGGCACGCAAAGGACUAUGGUGACAUGAAGCUAGCUCAGAUCUGUGGAAUCAUUGCUGCUGAUGAAAGGCGCCAUGAGACUGCCUACACCAAGAUCGUGGAGAAGCUCUUUGAGAUUGACCCUGAUGGCACAGUCUUGGCAUUUGCUGACAUGAUGAAGAAGAAGAUAUCCAUGCCUGCUCAUUUGAUGUAUGAUGGGCAAGAUGACAACCUCUUUGAGCAUUUCUCGUCUGUUGCUCAGAGGUUGGGGGUUUAUACAGCUAAGGAUUAUACAGAUAUACUAGAAUUCCUGGUUAAUCGAUGGAAUGUUGAGAAGCUAACGGGUCUUUCUGGGGAGGGGCAGAAGGCCCAAGAUUUUGUGUGUGGCUUGGCUCCAAGGUUUCGGAGGCUGGAAGAGAGAGCCCAAAGUCGGGCAAAGCAAGCCACAACAGUUCCUUUCAGCUGGAUUUUCAACAGGGAAGUUCUUCUGUAGAAGGGCCUCUAAGGUCAGUUAUACUGCUCUUAGACAUGAUAGGAUUUCUUUCACACCGGUUGCUCUGCAACCACAUUUUCAUUUUGGGUUGUUCUGCAAUGGGAUGCGGGUUAGGUGGUAGGUCUCUGAAUCAUCAUUUGCCGUGUUCUCUCGAUGUUUUGCAUGUUGGGAAUUUCGUUGAUCAGGUGUAGUUUGAGGUCCCCGGUUUGCUUAGUAAGGUUGAGCUCUUGACAUGGGAAAUGGUGAUAUAAUAUGGAUCCAUGUUUGCAGUAUCUGAUGUAAGGAACUUCUUUUAUAUUGGUUAUCAUACUCAUUCUCUCAUUGUAACAUGGAUGUAUAAUGCGUGACACUAUCACAUUACAUCUUUUUGUUUUCUUUCUUCCA